GAUGCAUGAACGUCACUAAAAGAGAAUGGGCCAUCUACAGCUACCCCUCUUUGAACCCUUUCGAUUUCAAAUCAGACCGGUAUUACCAAGAGAUUCGAGAUCAUUACAACUACACCAAGUCACCAGACAUACAUAAAACAGUAAUAUUAAGCAAAUUCGCUCUACCAUCCACACAGAACUACAGCAAUUAUGGCGACUCCAACACUACUAUGGAUUGGCCUGGGCAACAUGGGCCGCGGCAUGUGCAAGAACAUUGUCGAAAAAGGAAACCUGACAUCACCACUCUUAAUCUACAACAGAUCGUCGCAACGAGCCAUCGACCUUAGUGCCGCUCUUCCCGCUGGCAAAACCGAAGUCGUACAGUCCUUGCCCGAUGCGAUAGCAAAAGCGGACGUCAUCUUCACCUGCAUUGCAAAUGAUGAGGCUGUAAACGAAGUAAUUGUCACUGCCCUCCAGGGAGACAUCAAAGGCAAGCUCUUCGUCGAGUGCUCUACCAUACACCCCGACACUACCGAAGCUAUUGCAGCCAAGGUUACAGCACAGGGAGCGGAAUUCGCAGCUGUCCCAGUCUUCGGAGCACCGGCUGCAGCGGAUACUGGCCAUCUCAUUGCCGUAAUGGCGGGGCCAAAAGCCAGCGUUGACCGAGCUCGACCUUGGUUCAAGGGUGUGACAUCGAGGGCCGAGAUCGACCUCUCGGACAAGCCAUACGGCAAGGCAACAACGCUAAAGGUCAUUGGCAACACAUUUGUCUUCAACAUGGUUGAGCAGCUCGCGGAGGCUCACGUUUUGGCGGAAAAGGCUGGAUUGGGCACACAGCCCAUCCACCAGCUUGUUGAAUCGCUGUUCCCAGGCCCGUACACAGCAUACAGCACGAGGAUGAUCACAGGCGACUACCACAAGCGCUCGGAGCCCCUGUUUGCAGUUGAUUUAGCCCGAAAGGAUAUUAGACAUGCGAAAGCUCUCGCUGAAGCUUCUGGCGCCCAGAUGACCACCCUCGAUGCUCCUGACGCCAACCUCGCUGCGCUGAAAGAGCACAGUGGACCAACUGGUGACAUUGCUGGCAUUUAUGGCGCCGCGCGUCUGAAGGCGGGCUUGAAGUUUGAGGUUGCAGCAUAGACAAUUAAUUUAAAAUACAUAAUCCUUUCAGACUAGUAAGAAUAAUAAAUAAUAAUAAACAUAUCAAUAAAUUAU